AUGGAGCCGUCUUCAUCACAGAGUUCCGGAGAGAAGAAGCAAUAUGUUGAUGAACAAGGACACAUUUAUAGUGCAGAGCCAAUUCAAUACGAACCGAUUUAUUACGAGGAAAAUGGCAGCGCUCUUGUUUACGAGCAUUCUUAUCAACCGCUGACGCACGAGAUUUAUCACGAGGAGAUUGUUGAGGAUCAGGAAUAUGUUGAUUCUCUUCCCUCGACGUCAACCGCACCUCCACCUCCUCCCACCAACAAGCAUCGUCUAAUCAAAGAUGGUCCAUAUCCUACAAGCACAGUUCUCUUAACAAAUCAAACACUGAAAGCUGAAAAUGCCACGUUUAUAGCGAAAUCUGGAAAACGACCUGUGAAAAGACAUGAAGAAGAGAAAAAAGUGGCGACGAUAAAUGAGAAUGGAUCGAUUCUGAACCGAAAUAUACCGGGAAUGUCGAAUCUUUUCAAAGUUUUGAAAGAAUCUGCUAUGAAAAAGUCGGAGGAUAUGUUGAAACAAGAGGAUGAUGAACAGGAAGGAACAGAAGAGAAACCAGUACUCGCCACCGUGGCUUCAGAAGACAUUGGCCAUGAUUCUGACACUCCACCACCAAUGGAAAGGCUGGGAGAUUUCGAUGAACAAGAGAAUCAAACUGUAUUCGAUCAAUGGCCACUUUACAGUAAUAAAGCUAUCGAUUUCAAAGAAUCGUGCGAAUUAUUAAUUGGAAUUCAAGAAAUUGACGACGAAAAAGUGUGCAAAACAAUUCCAUUGCAAUUCAAGCAUGAAGGAACGUUUUUGAUUGAUUCGAGACAGAUUCGAGAUAUCAAUAAGGAUGAUAAUGGUGGUUGGGAAGUUCCGAGUGGAAAAACUCGAUUCUACAAAGAGAUGCCUGAUGGAAAUCUGGUUAGAGCUGACGAUGGAAAAGGACGAUUAAACGCAUGGGCGAAAGAUUUCACUUACAAAAUAGUCUUGAAACGAUACGAAAAUCGAGUGACUCGCAACGCCGAUGAUGGUCGUGGUAGUUUUCAAAAGAAGAUUUACACGGGAUUCAAAGGCAACGAACGCCUUCCUUUCACCAUCAUCACCUACUCAUGGAGCUCUGGUCGCCCGUGGAAUUUUGUGCCGCCCAUCGAGGGAAAAACGAAGCAGAAUUGGGAGAAAAAGUCAUUUGAAAAAGUGAACAUGACAAGUAUGCCACAAAUGAUGUCCGCGUAUUACGAGGGAUUCAAUAUCUAUUCGCAUUGCGUUGUUACUUUCGAUGAGGCGGCGGCAAUCAUGUUAGGUGCAACUGUGGUGGAUGCUAACAAGCUCUGUUCCUCUGUUCCUCUCGGAUACCGUCAAAACGGCACCUUUGUCAUCGAUCUUAAAAGAAUGGGUCACUGUACCCUCGAGCUCCGUCGAGAUGAGAAUGGCCUCUGGACGAAACCAUCUGGAUUCAGUAGAUUCUAUAAAUUCGUUGCAAAUGGUGAUGCAGUGAGAGUUGACAAGACUGGAAAGUUGCCUCCAGGCACGGAUUUCGAUGUGAAAGUUAGCUCGAAACGAUACGAACAUACACAGGUUGAUAAGAAGUUUGUGAGGAAGAUUUAUACGGCGAAGGGAAAAAAUACAGAAAGUUUCCACGGCUCCCCCGAAUUUGCUGUGAUUGUCUAUUACUGGAAAGGCGAUCCAAUCCAAUUUGAGCCGGCUUACAAACAGAAUGCAGUCAGGACUGAAGUCAAGGAAUAUGCAAGAUACCAACAAAUCGCUGAUGAGGAGCAAGAGUUUGUGGAGACUUCUGGAACAAUGGAAUCCCGUGGAAUUGAGGAGGAUCUUGGUGUGAGGAUGAUGGAGAAAGACAUCCAACCACCACCACUGAAACGUGCCCGUUUCUCCAAUGAGCACGUCGAAGCACAACAUGCAAACGUCCUCGAAAUGAAAAUGAAUCUGAUUCGACGAGAAAUGGAGAAUCAAGACAGAUUCUCGGCACUGUUAGACCGAGCGGAGGGAAUGUUGACGAGAAUAGAAGACAGAUUUGAAAUGAUAGAGCCAGUGUACGCGCCACAAAAUGUUGUACAGCAAUGGAAUAAUGGAGAGGAACAGAUUAUUGAAGAGGAGGUCAUCGAGGAAUACUAA